AGUGGUGUGUUGAUAAUUAUUUAGUAAGAGUCUUGUCAUUUAUUAGGUUUCCAGGGCUAGGUUGCCUUGUGCUGUACAGACUGCAGUGUUGGAAAUAGUUGCUUUAUGCCCCUCUUGUUGGCACAUUCUAUCACUUGAGAAUGGUUGGUGUAUUUUUAUUCAGACAGUUUUCCUAUUUUAUGUUGUAGGGGAGGAGCGUAAGGGAGAUGAGAAUUAAUGAGUGGAAGCAGUUGAGAGUUUUGGUUGAGAGAGAGACAGGGAGGAGGGUAAAAAUGUCCACAUUAAAUAUUUUUCCCUCAAUGCAGAUGUCAUAUGAUAUGUCUUAUCCUGUAAUGUGACAAGUGUUGAUAAAUUUAUAAUGUCUCCUUUAUCGUGCAUCAACUAAACUGGUAGUAAGGAGUCAUUUUUAUUUGAUUAUGAUAUCCUCCCUUUUUAUUGAUCAGGAGAAAAAUCAUGAUUUUCUUCCAAAGCUGAAGAAACAAUAGCAUAAGAAGAAAUUAUAUAAGUAGACCAUCUUGCAAAAGAUGCAACACUGUGUAAAGGGCAAGAGGAAAUUAAGAUUAGGCACUGGAAUCCCUUGCGAGUGGGGUUUGCACGUGCUAGUCCUAAGAGCGGCCCAUCUAAGGCUUCAGGGACAGACCUAACCAUUCCGUAAGGUCAACAGGCUCACACCGUGUCAGGCCUUACGCGGUCGCCAGAGGGAAGCCCAGAGAGUGAUCAGCGUUUCAGGGUUUCAGAUGGGGGUCUCCAGCACACCAUCAGAUACCCCCCUGGACCCGUUCCUGGAAACACUCCGUCUACGGUUGCUCAAAGUUAUGAUGAAGCAGACUGAGAGUGUAGAGGAUGGUGGUGGGGGAGACGGAGGCGAAGGAGGGGGAGGGGGAGAAGAGAAAGUUUCCGCCACAGCUAGCACACAGGUAACAGUUGAUGCAAGUGCCACCAGUGUCACCACCGUGACUGACAAUGCAGAGGAGACAUCCACCAAGACCACAACAAGCAAGUUCACUAAGACCACCAAGGUCAAGACCAUAAAAAUAGUCAAGAAGAAGAAUCCCAAUUCCCUCGUUGCCAGUGCCAUAGGACAGUUCAACAAAAAGUCAGAGGAGGAAGUUUCACCUCCAAAGAAGAUCACCUUUAAGAAGAGCUCAGAAUCUCCCAAGAAAGUACCAGGUUUGCCUAAGAAGGUUGUUAAGGCUGGUGAGAAUGAUAGUGACACCAAAACAGCAGACAGUCCAGAGGCCACAAAGAAGGAAAAUGGAGAGAAGACCCCUACCAGUUCAAGAACUUCAGCAGAGAAGAGCAGCAGCGAGAGUAAGGAAAUCCCAGUAAAGAAAGAGCCAUCAGUGAAAAAAGAGUCUGCGGAGAGAGAAGCCAGUGCCCCCAAGACUGAUGCCAAAGAUGCAACAGACAAGAAGGAGAGUUCUGUUAAGAGAGAUUCAACAGAGAGGAAGGAAUCUCCUGAAAAGAAAGACUCAGUUGACAAGAAAGAGAGAGUGACAAAGAGAGAAUCUUCAGAGAGAAAAGAAACCCCAGAGAAGGAGAGCCUUGCAAAGAGAGAUUCAUCAGAGAGGAAGGAAACUCCAGAGAAGAAGGAGAGUCUUGCGAAGAGAGAUUCAUCAGAGAGGAAGGAAACUCCAGAGAAGAAAGAAGCAGUUGAAAAGAGGGAGAGUCCAGCAAAGAGAGGGUCAAUGGAGAGGAAGGCAAGCCCAGCAAAGAGAGAUUCUCUAGAGAAGAAAGUGACACUAGAGAAGAGCAAGUCAGUUGAAAAGAGAGAGACACUAGAGAGUAGGGAGAGCCCUUUGAAGAAGAAGUCACCCUUGAAGAAGGAAACACCUGAGAGGAAAGGUAGCCCAGCGAGGAAGAUCCCACCAACCAAGACAAAUGUUCCAGAAAAGGAGGAGACAGAGAGCAAAGAGUCCUCAGAAGUAAAGACUGCAACCACCAAGGAAGCUGAAGGGAAGGAGGGCACAGAGAAGAUAGUCUCAGAAGAGACUGAGACUUCCAAAGAGAAUACUGAAACAUCUAAAGCUAUAGCUUCUCCCAAAGAAGCAGCUCUGGAUUCUCCCAAAGAAGAAGCUAAUGAUAAGAGUGAGAGUGAGGACACUAAGGGACUGGCGAAGGCAGAAACAUCUCCUGAACCAGAACCUUCAACAAGAGUAAAGGAGCCUAGCAGUGUCAUAGAGAUAACUAGAGCUUCCUCAAGUUCCUCAAGAAGCAGCAAGUCCCCAUUGUCUGAGUAUGUAGAGGGAGCAAAAGCCAUUAGUGCAGAAGCAUCAAGUGGAUCUGUGGACAAAGUUCUCACAAGUGAAUCGGACAGUUGUGCAGAGGGUGCCAGUGCCACCCCAUGCAGUAAUGACUCUAAGCCUCGUGCUGACUCUUUAGUAGACUCUGACUCAGAGCUGAGUAAUGUGAGUGUGUUUGUUAUAGUGCGUGACAUGAGUAGUCUAACUGCAAGAGUCAACAAGGAAACGAUUGUAACACCUGCCACAUCAACAUGUGGCGAGCUUAUGCAGGAGGUAGGACGACGGUUCAAGUACGAGCCAGAUUCCUUUUCUCUCAUCCUGCAAUGCUCCAAUGGUGACCAGGUUGAGAUUGAGAAAAUGGAGGCAGAGCGUACACUAGCAGAUGCAAGGUUCCAAGUGGAGGGCACCCCACGUAACAACCUGAUUCUGUGCGACUCAGGUGGACACCCUCCCCGGCGCACAGACGAGGAUGAUCUAAGUCUCGGAGCCUCAGCCUCCCCCACAGCUAGUGCUAGUGAGAAAAAGUGGUUUGAUAGGAGUAGUACGUAUAGCAACACACCUGAAUAUUCUUAUUCUGCAGCUCUCAUUAAACACGAGACAGGUUAUGUGGGCCUGGUGAACCAAGCCAUGACGUGCUACCUUAACAGUUUGCUGCAGACGCUAUACAUGACCCCUGAGUUCCGCAAUGCCCUCUACCAGUGGGAGUUCAAGGGCUCUGAGGAUGAGGCAGCCAAGAACAUCCCUUGCCAGAUCCAACGUCUCUUCCUGCUGCUGCAGACCACCAACAAGACAGCCGUGGAGACAACAAACUUAACAAAAAGCUUUGGUUGGGACAGUAGUGAGGCCUGGCAGCAGCAUGACAUCCAGGAGCUUUGUCGGGUCAUGUUUGAUGCUCUUGAGCAGUGCUUUAAGAACACCCACCAAUCAGACCUCAUCAACAGCCUUUAUGAAGGGAAGAUGAAGGAUUAUGUCAAGUGCCUAGAGUGCGACAAUGAGGGAGCCCGGGAGGACACAUACCUGGACAUUCCUCUCCCCAUCAGACCCUUUGGCUCCAGCUCUGCAUAUAAAUCUGUGGAGGAAGCCCUGAGGGCCUUCGUGGAGCCAGAACUUUUGACAGGGAACAAUAAAUACAAAUGCUCAAAAUGUGAUUCUCUGUGUGAUGCUCACAAAGGGCUGAAAUUCACACGCUUCCCCUACCUGCUCACCAUACACCUCAUGCGCUUCGACUUUGACUACCAGACCUUGCAUAGAAUCAAGCUGAAUGACAAAGUGACCUUCCCCAACAUACUGGACCUAAACAGCUUUAUUGAGACCCACUCAAAGGAGGACAGCACUGCGGUAACACCAGACAAGCCCACCACAGACAAAUUGGAUGAUGCCUCCACCACAGACUCUGGAUCAGCACUGGACGUGGAGGACAAUUCAGUUGAGAACACCUCCAACUCACAGCCUGAGUCAGACAAUCAGGAUGAAGAUGAAGGCAUAGAUGUUAGCAGUAUGAACAAUGAAAAGAACAAGAACUGCUUGCCCAAUGGACCCUAUGUGUAUGAACUUUUCUCAAUCAUGGUCCACGCGGGCAGUGCAUCAGGGGGGCACUAUUACGCUUAUAUUAAGGACUUCAGAACAGAUGAAUGGUUCUGCUUUAAUGACCAGAGUGUAUCUAAGAUUACAUAUGAUGACAUCAGAAAAACAUAUGGUGGAGGCACAAACAGAGUGCCAUGCUACAGCUGGAGCUCCAGUGCCAAUGCCUACAUGCUUAUGUACAGACAGAUCAACAAAGAGAGGAAUGUAGAUGCCUACUCUAAAGAGGCACUCCCUCAACAUAUCAAGGAUUUAGUACAAAGAAUGUCUGAGGAGGAAGCAGCAGAGCGUGAGCAGCGGGAAAUUGAAAGAUGUAUGUGCUGUAUUAAACUGUUCUGCCAAGUGCCUGGCCAGACUCAGAUGCAAGAGAAGAAGCUAAGAGUCCACAAGGAUUCUACUCUCAGGGAAACCACCAAGCUUGCAUAUGAGGAGCUGGGCCUUAACACUGUUCCGCUAGAGAGGUGUCGCCUGGUCAAGUAUGAGGAAUUCCAUGACAGUUUGGAGUGCUCCUUUGAAGGCCAGGAUGAUGAGCUUAUCUCGGAGGUCCUUGGCGGAGUUCGUAGUUCCUAUAAGUUUGAUCUCUUGAUGGAAAUCAGAGACGAAGAUAAAGCCUUUGAAGUUUACAAGCCAGGAGGCACAACCAUCAAGGCACAUAUUGUGAACUUGGCCACAGAGGAGGUAGAGGGCCCCUACAAUCUGCGUGGAAGUCUCAAUAUGACAGUCCGAGAGCUGAAGGAGAUGAUUGGUCGCUCCCUCAACAUGAACCCUGACACAAUGCGGAUUGUGCUAGAGAGGUAUUACAAUGACCUCCGACCUCUCACAGCAGACACGAAGACUCUUAAGAUGGAGGGCUUCUAUAGGUCAAAUAAGGUAUACGUAGAAGCAUCAGGGAAGGAAAGCACAGACUUCUACACGGGGUCUUGUAUGUACAGCAUAUUGGACCGAUACGAGAAUACCAUAACAUUAUACUGUCCACUGCCAGACACUAGUAAAGAGGCACUUGAGGAGAUGCAGAUUCCCCCCUACAAGGAGGAGGAGCCAGAGCCAAGGCCAGAAGUGCCAAGUAGUGGAACUAGUUCGUCUGCAACAGCUGAAGAUGCUGUGUCUGCCACCAGUGCUGCAAGUCCAGCCAGCUGCUCAAGCAAGGACAGUGGGAUCAGCAGCAAGGCAGCCACAGACUGCUCAAGCAGUGAGGCAGGCAGCAGUAACAACAGCUCGAUGGUGAGUCCAUCAUCUGGGCCUUUGUCAUCACUCCCCACAUCAACACAACCUCCCAGCCCUGGAAUGUCAACAUCUACGCAGGCAACAACCCCAACAGCCUCACCCACUGCUACCUCUGCGGGCAACGGUAGUGAUGGUGAGGAUGAGGGCAUUGCAGAUGCUGACAGUGGCGCAGGUUCCUCCAAUGUCAACAGUGACCAGAGUGCAAGCGAAGAUUCCUCCCUGACCAGUGACAGUGACAGAACUUUGGUAGGAGACCCACCAGAAGACAAAUUGUCAGACACAAGUAAUUCACCAGACUACAGGAAUGUUUCAUCGCCAUCAUCGCCUGAAGACAAUGGCAGAGAAACAAAGGAUGAUGACAAUGGUUGGGGUUUGCCUAUUUUCCAGGACACCGAUGUCGUUUGGGGGGAGGACGACAAGGAGACGGAGGUCAAGCGCUACUUCAGAGCUGAGUACUUCACAGAAGACCAGACCAAUCAGAAAAUGUUGCGAGUCUUUGUGGAUAAGAGAAUAACCAUAGGUCAGCUCAAGAACGAAAUGCAGCCAUGGGUUGGCGUCUCACAAGAUCACUUCAAGCUUUUUAAGAUAUAUUCAAACAGUCAAGAAUUUGAGUGUACUAGAAUGACAGAGACUCUAGCAUCAUAUGGAGAUAAUACCAGAUUAAGUGUACGGUUAGGAAGAGCUUUGCUACCAGGGGAACAGAGAGGCAAAGUAUACCUUCUAGAGCCUGACAGUGUGGAUGAUCCUGCAAAGUUCCUCAUUGACUGGGUGGUCUGUAAGGGAGAUACUGUUGCCAGCGCCAAGCGUGCCAUCAUCAAGGAAGUUAACACCAGAUGUAAAAUGACCCUAACGCCUGAAACUGUCCGGCUACGAAAGAAGAGCUGGAAGAACCCUCAGACUAUAUAUCUUGAUGCACAGAAAUUUGAAGAUGACAUACCCCUUUACUCUAACUGGGAACUGUUCCUACAGACAAUUGAAGGUCCUGAGACAAAGACAGCCAGCUCAGAUGAGCUAGCCUUGUUUACCAAGAGAUGGAAACCUUCAACAUAUACCACAAAUCCCAUUGCUGAGGUCAUAAUUUCCAAACCAACUGUGGAAGGACUCAGGGAAAAGCUCUCAGAAAUAUCUGGCAUUGAGGCAGAUGAUAUAGAGUUUGCAAAAGGUAAAGGGACAUUCCCCUUUGAUAUGUCUGUUGUGGACAUCAACAGCGACUUGGAUUGGUCAAUACGCUCGGGUCCACUGGAUCAAAGGCCCCUCUAUAUAUUAGAUGAUGGUGCUAUGGUUUAUUAUAGAGAUAAGAAGGAAACCCCUAAGGAAAUGACAGAGGAGGAGCGUCGUGCUUUGGUCAACUCGGAGAACCGUCGCCUCAACCGCGACCUGCAGUAUCAGUGCCCAAGCUCGUCAACCACCUCCAGCUAUAGCACUCUCAGAUCUAAGGAGAAAGGCCUCAAGAUCUACCUCAAUCACGAAGAGUAGAAACAAAAAGGAAGAAACGAGAAAGUGAAAGGGGGUGUCAUUGGAUAUUUCUGAAAUUUACUCAGCAUUUUAUAAAGAAAAGGAAAAUA